AUGGCGUCAGGGGUCGUACAGCUCUGGGGGUGGAUCCUGCUCUUCGGGGACCACGUAGGGCAGCAGCGACAAGUCUUAGGCCACUCGCAGCCAGCGGGAGCGACACCAUUCAAUGAUUACCACGUCGAUUGGGCGACCCCAGACUCCGACGUAUACUUCGCGCUGCUGGACAGGACCUCGGCGAGGGCGCAGGGGAUGACCGUGGAGUCGACCACCUUCGCCCCCCAGGGCACACCAGUCGGCUUGGCGGCGGCGGACAUCGUGCGGGGGAGCGUCGGCAUCUCUACCACUCCCCUUGGCGUCUCGGCCUUGAUCUGGGAUCUCCAGGCGCCGCCGGUCGAGGAGUAUGAAACGAUGGAGGGCCGCCACGACCUCAGGCUCAGCAGGGCGAUUCUCGUCGCCAACAAGGACCAAGAUCGUGGACGUUUCGCCCCCUCGGCCGUGGAGCUCCGCCAGUCGCUUUUCCCCGAUUUGCAUGUGCCGGCGCUCAGGACGGUGAAGUGGUGCGGCGAGUGGCUCUUCAGGUGUCACGGGGGCCCGCUCGAGCACGACCAGUCUCUGAUCAUGACGUUCGGUUUGCGGGCCGACGACCUGAGAUGCUUGGACGAGGGCGUCAGCUAUGACAUGACCGACGUCGGCAACAGUGGUUCCCUCGAGCUGCCCCUCCGCAGGGCGCUGCUGGUGGAGCACGUGCACCACAUGGACUGCUUGGCCAUGCGCGGACCGGGGGUUAAGGGCAAGGGCAAGGCCGGCGGCUCGGUGUCCCUCCAGCUCGCGGUAUCCGACGAGUCGGCCAUCGUCUCGGACAUGGCGAAGGGAUCUAUCAUGGCCAUGGUCAGCCCCGAGUUGCUCGCCCAUGUGGCCUCGGUGAUCGAGCGCAACGUCGCCAUCCUCGAGCACAUGUCCGCAGGGCCCGCGAGCUAA